CACCACCCACAUGGACAAUCGAUAACACCGCGUCUGGCAGCUCGUGUCUGCCUCGAUCACACUCGCUACAAUGGUGCUGUUCUCGUCUGCUGCGCCUGGCAAAAAGGCCGCGCCCAAGGCAGCACCGCGACGCAGGCCCCAGCCGACACAGGCCGCACCAUCAGCCCAACCGCCGCCCAGUCCAGCACAACUUCCAACCAACGCGCAACCGACGCCACCGCCGACCCAGCCUACUGUCCCAGAGGAGACCUCGACGGCCCUCGAAGUGUCAGGCGCGAAGGACGCUCAUGCGCCAGCUCCAGAUACUAGUCGCGCGGCCGAAGUCGAGCAGGCACGUCCUGAGUCUGCUCAGGAAGUGGCAGUCCAACCGCCUGCACCUGUUGUAGAGAAAGCACCCACUCCUACGCCGAUAUCUCAGCACUUGUCGACCCCUGCUCCCACGCCCGUUGGCGAAACAACCGCACGAUCGACUUCGCAGACUCAGGUGCAAUCUGUGUCCCCGCUAGCGGAAACUGGGGCACAGCCUGCCGAAGCAUCGCGGGUCGCGCGGGAUGUAGAGACGACCUCCGACACAGCAAUUGCAGGCGCGCAACAACGGUUUGAAGACUACUAUGUCUCUCAGGAAUCUGCUGCCACGGUCCAAGCAGCACCUGCAGCACCCUUGAACGCGCCGAAAACGAAGAAAGUGGUACGCGUGACGAGCCCGGUGCAGGAACCAGACGCUGAAUCUGCCCCAAUCCCAAAGCCUAAACCUGCAUCGAAACGAAAGGCAAAAGGUGCAGCAUCGAGUGCUCCUGAUGGGCCACGACCCGCAAAGCGCACGAGACGUGCUGCCCCAGCUAAUGCGACAACAACGCCCGAUGCGAAGAUCGAGCAGCCAAGCGCAACACCCACUGCCGAACCAGCUCAUGAAGGUGAGGUCAACGUACCGGUUGAAGAUGAAGCAGCGACACCUCGGCGAAGACAGCCAUCUCGAAAAGCGGCGCGAACCAAGCGGAAAUCAAACGUCAAAAGCGUCGAGACGAUCGUCAAUUCCGAUGACGAGAACGAGGGGGCAGGUGAUGAUGCAGUGCCGACUGCGGAUGAGCGCGAAGAGUCAGAUGCAGAAGUGGAUGAGGCCCAAGCAAGACGCAAGAGACAAAAGAGGGUGAAGGUUGACGCAAAGCCUAGCAAGCCUAGAAGACGCAAGCGCAAGGUUCCUCGACCCCCGGCUGAAGGCGGAGAAGAAGAUCAGCAGGAAGAAGACGAGGGAUCUGAUCCAGAGCUUCAUGAAAUCGACCCAAAUGCGGUGUCGAUGUGGGAUCUCAGUCGUGAUGCAUACCACGGGAAAAUGUCAGAACGUGGCAAAGCGUUGGAAGCCAUCGAUUGGGAGGAGGAGAAGGCGAAACGACGUGCCGCAGCAGAACUGAUCGCAAGUGGAGGGCAACAGGCAGCCGCAGACACCACGACGAAUGGCACAGCGGAUGGCGUUGUACAGUCCACUGAAGGCCCAAAUGGCGUGGUUGAAGGAUCAGCAGAGCAAGGCGAACAAACGGAAACAGCCGUCCCCGCCGAGGAUGAAACAAAUGAUCAAGCGAACGCUGACGAACAGCCGACUGCCGCAGAUGAGGAUCCCGAGGACACCGACAAUGUCGGUUUUAUGAUGGACGAGGAUGGCAACAUUGUUGUGGAUCCCAAGACCAUGGUGGUCGAUCGACAGGCAGAAGCCGUGGCAGCAGCAGCUGCCGAUCGACCAGUAGAGGAAAUCAACGAUCUUACAACGUUCAACAAUCGAACGACCUGGAUCAAUGAGAACCGCCGAGAACCCACAGAUCGAGUACCUUUGUGGAAAUGGAAGAGCGACCCGUGGACGGAAGAGGAGACCGACGAGUUUUAUGAUGCUCUGCGGAUGUUUGGUACUGAUUUCCUCAUUAUCAGCAAGAUGUUUCCUCCAAAGACGCGACGUAUGAUCAAGGCCAAGUUCACGCGUGAAGAAAAGCUUGAUCCCGAACGAAUCAACAGAGCUUUGAAUGGUCAAGAGACGCGAAAGCUGGACUUGGAGUACUAUGCCCAGAAAACCUCACGAGAAGUCUCCAUAUUCACCAAGUACAACGGGCUUGAGGAUGCUCAAGAGAAAAUCAACAUGGAGACUUCGGAACGCCAUGCCGAGCUUGCCACGGCGGCUGCACAAGAAGAACAGCGCGAAGCCGAGAAACGUCUACAAGAGUCGCUGCAGAAAUCAAAACAAGGCAAAAAGACCCGCAAGUCUAAGAAGUCUAAGAUGGGCGGCAUGGGUGGCUUCGGCGGCGGUGGUGGACCUGAGGAUGAAGACUAAUGCGCUCGCUCUCGUGAAGACAGUUUCGAAGUAACUCCGGCCCUUGGUCCCAAAAGGCGUGCAUGUCUCGGAGAGGUCGCAUCGUCAUCAAUACGUCUGUGGUCAGAUUGACAUCCAGACACGUCGAUGCGUGGCCCGGGAUACUGGCGACGCACAUUGUCAGUCGGGCGCUGUAUUGACCCAUUUUCACAGACACCGGUACGUCUUUGGAUUCCUACUGGACUUCCGGUUGCUUCGCAACACGCAACAGUUCUGCUCACGUCGAACACACUUCCGUGGCGCCGUAAUGAUAGUCGCUCUAUCAAAGAGGUUCUCUACGCGUCAAUGGUCUGCACGUGGCGGAUGUCUCUCGCGCAUGUCUUGCGUAUUUCCACUUUCAUCUCGUUCUCGAGACUGUCUCAUACAAUCAAAGAAAGGCAGCGUUAGCUAUGUCUUGUUGUCGGCAAGCAGCUACUUCCCUUCAGAUACAAAAGGUAGGCCCAAGUACAGCUUUCUCUUGGUCAAGCAGGUCUUCAAACAGUUCAUACUCUCCCACACUUCACUUCACACUCGGACUGCUGGUCAGUCUUCUUCGCUUCACA